AUGGCUAAACUCACUAGACAACCGGCCAGCAGAAUACGGUUCAGCGAGUUAGCCGGCGAGACGGCAGCAGAAUGCAUGGCGGUAUGCUGCUGCUUCCCGUGUGGUGUGGUGGACAUGUUGGUCCUGGCAGUGUACAGGGUACCGGCCGGUCUCUGCCGGAAAGCGAUGAAGAAGAGAAGCCAACAAAGAAAGAAAGGGAGUCCGUUAUCUCAGCAGCAGGUUUUCCCCUAUGGGUGCGACGAAGCAGAGUUUGAGAUACAUAUAGUGUCACAAAUGGAAUUGGAUGAAAUUGCAAAGACCAAGGAGGUUAUUGAGCUGGAUAAGGAGAUGUGGGACAGGUUCUACGAGACUGGGUUCUGGAGGAGUCUUUCUCGUCUCGAGCGGGAGUAG